AUGCGGAUGUCUACUACGUAUCGGCGCGACAUCUACUACCUCUCAGUACAACAUCUGCUGCACAAUCGUUUCGAAUACGUCAACGAGCACAUCAGCGACAAUCGCCCUCACCUCCAUCGCGCUGACUUGAGAUGUGCGACAUACAUGCGGAACAACAACACGUUCACACGGAAGAACUCGUCUCUUGCCGCGCUGCGCCACUGUUUCCGGACAAGGAUGGGCUUCUUCGACACCAUCGUGCCAAAGCCUCCUCUACCGGAUGACAGCAUUCCUGGUGGCCGCUACACGCAUCGCUUGGCACCUCACACUGCUGAUGCUCAACCAACCUUCGCGACAUCAAGCCUCUUCGGGAACAACGUCAAGCGGAUCUCUUCUCCUGCCCGUCGA